AGAGCUGCGUGCGCGCCCCCACCCGGCGCCGUCGUCUCUCUGACGUCACCGCCCUGUGAUCAUCCGAAAUCCCUGAUAACGCGGCGCGCGCUCCCGCUCGGCUGUGAAUGGGGGCUCAGUCCAGCCUGUGACAGCUCGUCCAGCGGUACGAACCUCGGUCCCGCUGCUCCUGUCGGCUCCGCUGCGCUCAGACUCCCCCCCGCUAGCGAACGGCGCCGCUCCUCCGGUAGUCCCCGUCCGUUCAGGAAUGAGAAAUGAUGGCCGGCUCUGCAGCAGAGGAGAAAACCUUCCGCCGGUUCCUGGAGCUCUUCCUCCGGGAGAUGAGAACGCCUCUGCAGGAGAGCGACCCGCUGCCGCUGCGCCCCUUGACGGACCUGGUAUCUGAGGACGAAGUGGAGGGGGAAUGCCUCGACCUGUGUCUGCAGCACCUCUACAAAUAUAACUGCCCCUGCUCCCUGGCUGCUGCCCUGGCCCGGGCCACUGCAGACAGCAUCCUGCAGACCGACCUCUCCAUCCACCACCUCAACAAAACCGUGGAAGAUGGAGCCGACCCGUUACCACAGUUGGAAUCUGUGAAACUCGCCCGGCUGGUGUUCAACAGCCUCUUCGAGAUGUGCUGCCUCUGGAUGAAGGAGCUGCCGUUCCACCGCCGUCCACAGCCGUACUACGAGACGUCCAUCCACGCCAUCAAGAACAUGAGGCGCAAGAUGGAGGACAAGCACGUCAUCAUCCCCGACUUCAACACGCUGUUCAACGUUCAGGAUCAGGAAGAACAAGCCUUCUUUGCUGUGUUCGACGGUCAUGGUGGGGUGGAUGCUGCCGUUUACGCUGCCAACCAUCUGCACGUCAACUUAGUUCGACAGGAAUCGUUCAGCCAGGACCCCAGCGAGGCGCUCUACAGAGCCUUCAGACUCACAGACGAAUGCUUCGUGAAGAAGGCUUCACGAGAGAGCCUGCGUUGUGGCACAACAGGCGUGGUGACGUUCCUCCGGGGUCGGACGUUGUACGUGGCCUGGCUGGGCGACUCUCAGGUCAUUCUGGUCAGGAGAGGGCAGGUGGUGGAGCUGAUGAAACCACACAAACCAGACAGAGAGGAUGAGAAGAAGAGGAUCGAAGCUCUGGGAGGUUGUGUGAUCUGGUUCGGCACAUGGAGGGUCAACGGCAGCCUGUCGGUAUCCAGAGCGAUAGGCGACUCGGAGCACAAGCCCUACAUCUGUGGAGAUGCAGACCAUAGUAUCUUCCCAUUGGACGGCUCAGAAGACUACCUGAUCCUGGCCUGUGACGGCUUCUGGGACACCGUGGGUCCAGACGAGGCGGUGCGGGUGGUCAGCGACCAUCUCCAGGAGAACGCCGGAGACACCACCAUGGUGGCCCACAAGCUGGUGGCCUCGGCCCGAGAUGCGGGCUCCAGUGAUAACAUCACCGUCAUAGUGGUCUUCUUGCGGGACCCUCGCUCUCCGCUGCCCACCAGCACUGAGGAGGAAGAGGAGGGUGUGAUGGAGGGGGAGGUGGAGGCAGAGGAGGUGGCAGAGGUGGAGGAGGAGGAGCAGGAAGAGGAGGAGGAGGAGGAGGAAGAUGAAGCAGUCAGGGUGGAGCGUGAUGGCGGUGAGGGAGGCAGCACUGCGGACAUCGGGGGGAAGGGCCGCGGAGGUUGGCCCCUGCAGCAGUGCUCGGCCCCCGCUGACCUCAGCUACGAAGACCGAACGGACUCGUUGACGGACAGAACGAGCCUCAGCCUGCUGGGGCCGUCGCUGGAGGGUCGCAUCUCCCUGAUCCGGGGUAACAGGAAGCCCUGCUUCAACUUCAGCCCCGACCUCUUCACGGCCUCCCACAUCUACCGAGAAGAACGCCCCCUGAAGCGCACGUCCUGUAUCCCUUUUCAGGAGCCCAGCACCUCUAGCUUCACGGACCCACUGUGGCCCCAGACAGCCAUGCUGUUAGGCCAGGCAGUGAGGCGAAGCCACAGGCCUGGUUAUGGUGGUCGCCGGUGGCGCCGGCGGUGGCCAGACAGGUCCAGGGAGCUGCUAGGCCUGUCACCAUCCGGCCCCUUGCUGCCCUUCAUGCAGCACUACUCCAACCGGAGGCCUGGCGUCGCCGCGCCCCACGAUGUCACCAUCUGAAGAGGUGACCCAAACCAAACCAUCUCCUUCAUUUCUUCAGCCCUGCUCCCUGCCCCUCCGCCCCCCAACCCACCCACCUUUGCCUUCAACAACACAUCUUUCUUUGAUAGUUGGUAGUUGUGGCUCCUGCAGUUGUCGUGUGAUUAUUGAAUCUCUGUUGGAGGAGUGGUGCUCUCUAUCCUAAGCCGAAACAUUUCCAAAUGUAAGCUGGCCCACUAAACACAAGCCCUGCUCCUUAGUGCUGUAGGUAAAACGCAAAACUGCAUCCUCUCCAUGGUGACCACGGAUCAGUCAUCAUGAAACCAGAGCUGGAAGCGCAGGUUACUGAGAUGUGUUCAGACUGAAUGUGAAAUGCAUCUUUGAAGCAGCAAACAGUUUGAUGAAAGGACAAGAAGAAACAGGUUAUACUAGUGUGAACUGUGCAACUAAACCUAAAUAAAAGAGAGUUUACAGGCAAAUAACAGAAACAGGCAGAGUCACAGGUACGUUUUAAAAUCAAUUGGCUGGACUCGCAUUGUUAGCUAGCUGAAGCUUAAUUCUGCGCUGAACAAUGAAAGCUCUUCAGUGCACUUCCAUUCAGUCUGUACACACAUUUAAGUUUAAUUUAUGGCCUUGGUCGCUCAGCACUCUUUACACAGAUGUUAUCCAUUUUGGAAAGAAAGAAAAAGUAAAAUGCUACAAGUUCUGAUGCUCUCUGGUACAUACAAUACACUACUCAGCCAAAAGUAUGUAGACACCUGAAAAUUAGACGAAUAUGUUGAGGAUUUGUUCCAUUCAGUCACAGCAAGUCGCAUGAACUUCAGCUGUUUUUUAGGGUAGAAUUGAUAGAAGUAUUUUCUAUACAAAUAUCUACUGGAUAAACAAACUGUUCCUCAUGACCUCAGACAUAUUUUUGGUGUUCCAUACUGUAAUUUCCUGUUACUUGUUGGAUGAUAUAUAUGUCCACCACCACCCAGAUGCAAAUAUUAAGGUAAUAUUAACAGAAUAUUGGCUCUGAAGAUGAUUUGUUCAUGAACUGUUCCUACAAACUGGAAAAGACAUUCUUAUCAUCCAUCACUAUAGCUGGACAGUAGUAGUAGUAGACUGAAACUAAACAAUCUUGGAGAACAAACACACAAAAUACCAUUUAAAUGGACUAUCAACACACAUUUUCCUGCGCCCAAGAAAGAAAGUAUAAAGAGUUUGACUGUGUGAUCGCUUCUCUUUCUUCCCAUUUGAAGUCACCUAGGGUUAGGUGACACACAUCGUCUUUUGUCUUGAGACAGCUGUCGAGAAUGUCGAGCGACCGAGCAUUAAAUUAAGCUCUAAUGGCCCUGUCUGCCUCUUUGUCCCCUCAGCAAUCCUUUGGUGGCGGAUGAAUAACAUCCAUAGAGGAGGCUGGAACAAUUGUUGCUGCUGGUUUCUGGGGCUGAAGGCACAUGGUGUUCUGCCCCCUCCUAUACAGUCAGUGACCCUAGCCAUUAUCCAGCCACAAUUUGUCUACAGAUAAAAGCAUUUAGCACAGGAUUAUAAAAGAUUAGCAGUCACCUACCUGAAUAAAUGCUUCAUGUAUUCCAGUAUUUCAGAUGGGGAUGUGCUCCUGGGAUAAUGGGUUUUUUUGGGGGGGAGGGGGAGGGGUAUUUAAAAAUAUAUUUUUGUUAUAGUUGUUGUUGGGCCUCAUAGUUAUUGCAAGUAUUCCAAUUGUAUUUCCUUUCACACAAGACCCCUGGAACAGAAAUAUUUCCCAGCAGGCUUGCGAAGUCCACAACUAUUCAAUGUUGGGCCAGGAUAGUUGAAAGCUGCAGAACACGUGCCUUCCAUAUGUGUUACCAAGGCCUACUUCCUUCACAUUUACCGAUCACUAAUUACUAGAAUCAUGUGUUGACAUCACCACUGAGGACAAGUCCGGCUUGUACCGGCAGACAAGUCAUACUAUGACUUUGUGAAAGUUAAAAGGAAUAGUUUUGGCUGAUUUACUCUUGUGUUCAUAGUUUCUUGAGGAAAUUAAUACCACUCUCAUAUCUGUCUGUCAUAAAAAUAUGAAACUACAACAAGCAUUAGCUUAAAUGUUUGAUACAUGGAUGAUGAUGCCGCAACGCAAAGCUGUGGCUAAUUAUCCACCAAAGGGUAUCAAUCAAGAUGGGAGGUUCAUCUACAAACAAAAUAAUUAUAAUUCACAGAUUUUGAAGCUGUUUGGUUGGGUAUAAAUGCCAGAAAUGGUUAUGUCAUACAGGGCAUUUGCUUAAACUACAAUUUGGUAACAUGUACACUCACCUGUCACUUUAUUAGGUACAGCUGUGAAAUAUAAUGCAAUAUGUGAUAUUGAGGAGGACACCACAGUCCAGUAUGACCACAAUGUGAAGUGGAAUUCUUUGGCAGUCGUGACAAAGAAAUCCUAAGUGCUUCAGUGAAAGGCAACUAGACUUCUCUUUGUGGAUCUUGAAGAUGUUUCACUCAUCCAAAAUGCUUCUUCAGUUCUACCUUGGUGACAGGAAGUACACCCUAAAUAACAAGGCUACUGAGCCUUUAAUGAUCCAAGAUUACUAUGUCUAAAAAACUAAGGAAAACCUUUUUUUUCGAACAGCAACAUUCACAUUUUGGACAGUGAAGAUAGACGGUUGGAGAGAUGAAGUAAAGGAAACCAUCAACGAAAAACUGGAACAGAAAUCUCUCAACAGGCGAGGGGGUCUACAACACCAUUUAUACUUAGAAUAGAGACAGUUUUACAGCCAUUAACACUUCAAGUUGAUCUUGGGUUAUUAACAAGCCAUUAACCAUGUGUUCUGGAGGUGAGACUAAAUACCUGAGAGUCUCCAUCAGCUGGUUAGAACUGAGGAAACCUUUUGGUUGAGAGAUGAAACAUCUUCAAGAACCAAGCAGAGAGGUCUAUUUUCCUUAAACUGAAGCAUUUAGCUUUACUUUUUCCUGGAUGGCUGAGAAUCCACACAGAUAAACUUUGUAAAAGAAGUCUUUAUGGCAAAGCUUUUGUAUUGGAUUGCAUUAGACCUCACAGAUGUGCUUAAUAAAGUGUCCAGUGACUAUAAUAUUUAACAUGUACGUAUCCUUUGCAAUCUAUUUCCAAGUAUAAGGAAAUAAACAAAGACUCAGGCAAUGAAAAAGAACUAGAACAAACACUUGUCAGUCCUAGAGUUAUGGACAACUGAAAGUAAAUGAAAUAGUAUAUUGCUAUUAUACCAAUACAAAGCACUUUUCCUCAUCUGGAAGUUACAGCUGUGCUUACAGUCACUGUUAGAUUAGGUGAGAGAUUGCUUACUGUUUUAUAUCAAACAAAAAAUCACAAACUAUAAAGUAUUUUAAAACUGUAAACUAUUUGAAACGUUAUUCUCCUGUGCUUGGUUUUAGCACUUCUUUCAUUCGGAGAGCCAAAGGCAGCAAAAAUGUGACAUUUUCUUCUAUUUCAGAGACACAUUAGCUUGGAUUAGAUUAGUGCAAAGAUAGCUAGCACAGCUCUAUCAAAAGCUAAAACAAUAAAAUUAACUUCUCCCUCUGUCUUUUAGCAUGAUGUGUGUAUCUACAACUGCACUUGUAAGACUUUUACCAACACAUUUAAAUGAGACCUUUUUUCAUAUCAGCCUGACAGUUAGCAAAACAAGCUAGCUAGGGAUUUGCGAGCAACAGUUAUAUAGCUUAAAGACUGUAAGCGGGUGGAAACUGCUAGAUUGGUCAGAGGGUUAAAAAACUGCCAACAAUUUGUCAUUAUUUUAUAUGUUUGUGUAUAUUUUAAAUAAACAGUAAAUAAUGUGUUAGAAUUUGUGGAUUUUGCUAGAUUUUCACAAAGCCAUGCAAGCUGUUUCCUCCUGCUUUCUGUCUCUAUGCUAAGUUAAGCUAACGGGCUGGUGGUGGUGUUGCAGUAGCUUCGUAUAUAAGUUGGUGUACAGAUAUGAGAAUGGUGUUAAACUUUUCAUGAAGACGAUGAACAAGAGUAUUUCCCAACAGCAUACAGGAGAAACUGCACAUUUUGUGCCUCGGUAGCCUGCGGAAAGAGAGUUAUCAUGUGUAAAUAGACUUGUGGUAUUAGCAAUCCCUGCGCAGCAACACCACACAGCAAACAUCCCUGCAAGAUAUCUCCCACCAUCACAGGAUUCCACUGAGGCUGCCCCACGGCCCCACACAGCCUUUAUAAUUGGAUCUGUGUCUGAUCUGAUACAGAUUCUGCAUCAGAGUGCCCCUGCUCUGCUGUCUAACAUGCUGCAUUUCAGCUAUCAGGUCAAUAGAAAUGUUCAAACUCAGUUUUCUGCCGCCUUUCGUAAGGCUAAGACACAAAAGCCAUAUGUAACCCCAAAUAUCUACUCUUCUGAGUUCCUUAUUAAUGUUAAAUUAUUAUUAUGAUUAACAAACAACUAUGUAACCUCCAAAUAAUAAUCCUCCUGCUGAUUUAUAUGACACUAUAAUGAAAAGUUUCAUAUUAGACUCAUAUUAAUCCCUUUCUAAUAAGUCUAACAGCACUCGUACCCAGUUAACUUGGCGAGUCUAAUCUGUGGAGACACUUCUGUCACAUUGCAUUUAACAUGUAACCUCCUGUAUCUAACCAUGCUUGAUGACUGUAACCGAACUAUACUGCAAAUUUACUAUGAAAACUACUAUAAAAACCACAGGCAAACACAUCAACUUCAUAACUGUCAAUCCCUUUCACAUUUGAAGUCCUAAAAUGACACCUGUGACCUCAUGUAGUGGAGUUUAUCAUUAUAUAUGCCACAAAAAAACACAAUAUUGACUCCAUUCCUACACCUUUCUCUUGUGUUUUGGGGUUUGAAAAGGCUAUUGAGCAGAUUAUUAUUGUUAGCUAUCGUUUACCAGUUUGACUGCCAUUUGAACACGUUAUUUACUUCUGCAAACUGUAACCCCACUUUUUUGUUUGAUGCCGUGAAUUUCCAAAUGUUGGUGAUAUUCAGGUUCUGUAAACUGUGCCUCCACUUUCCUGGCCCCCCAAGAAUUUCAGAUAAUAGUCAUAAGCGGGUUCCCAGCAUCACUUCCCCUUUCAGUCUUGCUGGUAGUUCUCCUGAAACCAUCCUGUGGACUGACGUCGGUGAAGCAGAAUGUACCUCCUGUCCUAGAAUGUCCUCAGAGACUCUGGGAAGCUUUGUGAGGUGGCGUUUCUCUUUGUUUUUAGGAGACAUUCGUCUUUCUAGGGAGCAUCUAGCUAUGAGGAAUGUAUUGUUGGGACACUCAACAAACUCAAGUCACUGGAUCCCUUUGUGGAAGUAUCGCCACAGUGUUUGUCUCAAGAAGAUGGAAGGAAAUCACAGUCAUAUCAAAUAUUCCCUUAGGCACGGAUGUGUAUGUAUAUUAUGAGUACUAAAUGUGAGUUGAGCAAGUGCUGGAGGAGUGUACAUAGAAUAAUUCUGUCUUGUAAAUCAGUGGUUUUGAUCCAUGCUCCAUAAGGCCCCAAAGCUGGGUCAGAUAUAUACUUUAAAACAGUCAGAUGGUGGACUUUCUAAAAGUCGCAUCACCGGGCUGAGGUGGCGGUGAACAUGCGAUGUUAUUGAGAAGCUGGUCGAGAAUAUAAAAGUGUUGAACCAGUCUGGCUUUCACUGGAGAGUCAUAGUGUCCUAUUGUGGCUUAGCUGCCAUUUCACCCGGCUUUCUCACCUGACAGCCUGGGAAAAACACACCUUUUGAUUAUCAGCUUAAAAUUCUGUGCUACCUGUCUGCAAUCAUUUUGAUUUAAAAACAAAUUAUCAGCCUUAAAAAAAAAACACCUUGCCAAUCAAAUUAUCAUUAGUUGGUAGGUUGUCAUUCCAGUUCUGCCGGUGUAGGCUGAUUAGAGAUGAGGAACACAUGGAGCUGUUGCACAGUUUUGGCCUCAUUUAGAGCCACAAAUCAAGUCUUUAACUCGGCCAGAAACUCUAGUGAAGCAGAGCUGGCAUUGGAGAACAGAGUUUUGUUAUAAUGACAAGGUUUUUUUUAAGCAAAACAGACCAAAUGUUCAGCAGUUGGCUACGCAAGUUUAAAUAAUGGCAACGACACCACAACAAAAUCCACAAAAUCCUUGGUGUUAGCAUAUUGUGUGGCUAAUGUGGCUAAUGUUAGCUGUGAUUCUAUGUCCACUGGUCAUUGGUAGUCAUGACUUUUCCGAAGAACUGAUCGAUAUCGUGAUGCACGUGACAACUUUGUUUACAUUUUUGUCGGAGUUCCGACUUGCGGCGAAAAUCAACUUGCGUCAGGCCGUAGGAACGGAACUCCAAUUUCAGUCGAGGACCCCCUGUAUUUUAUUUCCAUAUUUCAGAUUGACUGGAAUUCCGCGAGUUCUUCUGAUAAAUACAGGCUUUGUCAUUAUAACAAGAUCUUGUUCUGUCGGCGCGGUGGUUUUGGUAGCUGGUAGCAGUCCUGUUCAGCUUUAGGAACCUGCUCUGUGCAGACAGAAACACUGAAGCAAGUUGUACUUGUGGCCUCCCCUCCUGUGCAGCGCAGCAGCACUUUUCUGUUCUCUGUGAUUCAGUUGAUUUUGUCAAACCACUGAUGUAGUUUCACAGCACCGACAUGAAGCUCAGCGCUGCACCGUCUGCACUCUGGAGGGAGAAACGAACCACAACAGAACUCAGUGACAAGGAUCGACGGGUCGCAUUCACCAAAACCUUCACUAAACCCCUGUGAAUUAGUUCUGCGGCGUUACUCAUCGUACUAAAAAUCCACAGAAGUCGUCACUGUAUGAGCAAUAAAAGCGUUUGCCAUCAUUCGUUGUGGUGAAUCCUCCACUUUAGCUCAACAAACCCACAUCCCCUCCCCCGCUCACGCUCUGCUUGCACUAUAAAGUUCCUCUGAGUCGGAUGUUUCCCUCCCCUCAUGAUGAAAGUAAGCAGACGUUCGGUUCUGCUCUCCAUGAUCACUGUCCAACCGUAAGGCCCUCCAUGAAUCUGCACUGUGUCUAUGUACACGAAAAGCUUCUUCUUUUUCUCUGUAAGCAAUAAUGACGUUGCAUUAAAAGGCUCUCUGCGGGUUUGUCUUCUGCUGAAGGAUGCAGCAAAAUGUAGUUCUGUCAGCCAUACUUGAAAGAGUGUAAAUGCUGAGUUCCUGAAGUCAAUUUCCCAUUCAUUUUUCCCAUAGAGCACAGGAGUUCUAAAAAUACGUCUCUGGAUCAGAAGUCUGCUAGUUUUUCAGUUCAUUGAUGGAAAAAACGAAUGUGAAGCUUUCUUCUUUAGAGCGGAGCUCUGAUAAAGGAGGCAGGACAUUUCAGUUGUAUCGGCAUUCCUCAGCAGUUUGGACAUUUGUGUGCAUUUGAAAAGGAGUUAGGACUUCUUGGACCGAUGCACGGUUCAAUUGUAGAUUAGCAGAUAAUGUGGUAAGAAGGGGGGGUACUUCCUGUCCUCCAGGUGUGAAGACAAACCCCAUGAUUGGCUCUUCUUCAACAUGCAGGUUAGGUAAAGAAGAAAAUGUAAAAAAAUAGAAUAAAAAAUAAAACAGCAAAACACGUUGAGUACCUGUAUUAUCUGUGUUCCUGUAGUAUAUAAAUAUGUGUACUGUAACUGGUGACUAAUUAUGUAUAUAAAGAUUAGACCAAG